CGAAGUGAUAGUAAACAAAGAUGGCGUCGCUGGACCUGGACUGGGAAGAGGUUCGUGAGCAGUUAAGAGCCUGGAGAGAGGACAACACUCGUCACAGUGAAGAGGUCAUAGACAUGUGGGAGUACUGCCUCAAACAUUAUAAACACAAACUGGGAGACGAGCGUUGGAUGGUAGAAGAGCAGGUUGUUGUGGCUGGGUUGGACAGUUAUCGCCUGGACAUUGCAGAACACAGCUUAGUGGCUCUUAAUGAGCAGUUCCCUGGCUCUCUCAGAGUACGCAAACUGAAGGGUAUGAGGCUGGAAGCUCUUGAAAGAUUUGACGAGGCUAUGGACGUGUAUGACAGCAUUAUUCGUCAAGACGAAACAAAUUCCACAGCACGGAAACGAAAAGUUGCUGUACUGCGAGGCCAAGGAAGAAUUGCUGAUGCUAUUAAAGAACUCACUGAAUACCUCAAAAUAUUCAUGUCUGAUGGUGAAGCUUGGCAAGAGUUGUGUGAUCUGUACUUGAAGGAAGGUGACUACAGCAAAGCUGCCUUCUGUAUGGAGGAGUUAAUACUCACCAAUCCUCACAAUCAUCUUUAUUAUACCAGAUAUGCUGAAAUUAAGUACACUCAGGGAGGCUUGGAUAAUAUGGAAAUUGCUCGAAGUUACUUCUGUCAGGCAGCCAAGUUGAAUCCUGGCAAUGUUCGUGCUCUCUAUGGUCUCUUUCUGAGUUGUACACAAGUAUCAUCAUCAACAAAGUGCAGUGCUCAGAAGAAGAAGGAGACUCAACAGCUAGCAACUUGGGCACUGAAGGAAAUAGCUGACAGGUAUUCCAAGUGCAGAACCAAUGCUAUGGACGGAUCAAAAAUAUUGGAAACUUUUGGAUCUUUGAGCAUAACAGAAAAAGCAUGAUGUUGUACCUAGUCACAGUGAUAUAUUUUUUGCUCUUUUGUAAUAUAAAUUGAGGUAAAAUAUAUUGUGUAUUACCUAAACAAUAUUGUCCCAUUUUAUACUCCCUUGUAUACAGACUGGAACACUACUAUUUUCUGUCUGAGAUAUCUUGUAUUUAAUGGUCACAACAAAUGCAUUCCUUUGUACCAUUGUGUCUCAUGUAUAUCUGACUCAUUUAUUUAUUCAAUAAAACAAAGGCGAAUAAAGAAAA